CCGCGGAGCAUCUGGUUUCCUUGGCAGCGGGAGGAGGAGGAGUCUGGUUUCCUUGGCAGCGGGAGGAAGAGGAGGAGGAGGAGGAAGAGCUGCAGGUUUAUGCCACAUAGUCUCACAACACAGAGCCAUCUGCGGUAACGGUGAUAGCGCUGUAAACAGGCCCUGUGGCCAUGGCUAAAGACCCAUUAGCUGAGGCGGGCUUUUAUUUCGAUGAACUCAACAAGCUGCGGGUACUGGAGCCCGAUGUCAGCCAGAAAACCUCAGAGCUCAAGGAAGAGUGUAAAGAAUUUGUGGACAAAAUUGGCCAGUUUCAGAAGAUAGUGGGGGGUCUGAUUGAGCUGGUGGACGAACUGGCUAAAGAAGCGGAGACAGAAAAGAUGAAGGCUAUCGGGGCCAGGAACCUGCUGAAGUCCGUGGCGAAGCAGAGAGAGGCUCAACAGCAGCAACUUCAGGCUCUCAUAGCGGAGAAGAAGAUGCAACUUGAGAGAUAUCGUAUCGAGUAUGAAGCCUUGUCCAAAGUAGAGUCAGAGCAGAACGAGUUUAUCGACCAGUUUAUUCUUCAGAAGUGAGGAUGCGACUGAGACAGCCCAACAUGAACCACUUCUGUCCAACCAUGUUUCCAGAGUGCCUGUCCUGUUUUCUCUGGGCGAUGCCCGCUUCAGAGAAACUACUCUGCUGCAGCUGUUUUUCCGAAGCAGUCCCAAAAGCUCCAAACCUGUGUGACGAUUUACAGAGUUGUAACCAAAUGUCUCAACAUCUCAGACCAACAUUAAAAGGAACAUGGAGCUAUUUAUACAAAUGAAUAUUAUUUAUACUAUUUAUACUGAAGAAUUACUCCGUAUAUCUAGUUUUAUUACGUUUUGUAUCAAUUUAAAUACUGCAUGUGCAUGCACUCUGUAAAUAUAUUUAGGUUUUAAAAAAGCUAGAAGUUGAUCCUGAUUUGAUCAUGUGUGUUGUUUAUUUUUGCUUUUAAUUUCAUUCUUCUGGUCCAACCAGUCAGUGGGCACAACACAGGAGGAAUACAUUCUCCUCUUUUUCUUCUUCUUUCUGUUAUGUGUGUCAUUGCCUUUCAUGUAUUCAUUUAGAGGAAAAAUGGUUAUACUUGAAUAAAUACUGUAUUAUAUUGCACAACAAAA